AUGGACGGCGAGGCGAACGGGACCCUCCACCCGUCCUGCGGCGCCAGCGAGCCGCCCUACUCCGAGGAGCUUCUCCGGAGCCUCGACCUACCAGGGAGAUUUCUCUUUGCAACUUUGACUCUGAUGACACUAAUUGCCAUUCUGGUAUUUAUAGAGGAAGCAGUCUACAUCUACAGGAAAAUCCCCUCCUCCAAAAGAUCAAUCAUAAUUUGGAUUAAUGCUGCAGCUCCAGUGAUCUCUACUACUUCAUGCAUUGGCAUGUGGAUUCCUCGCUCAACAAUGUUUACAGAUUUCACAGCAGGAAUAUUUUUUGCCAUAGUUAUCCACAAGUUCCUGAUGAUGAUGAUCAAAGAGUGCGGAGGUCAAAAGCUGCUGCUCAGGCGGUUUGAAAAGAGUCACUUCACGAUCAGCACCGGUCCCUGCUGCUGCUGCUGCCUUUGCCUCCCUCGUGUGCCCAUCACUAGGCAAACCCUCUUUUGGCUGAAGGUGGGCACCUUUCAGUUUGCUGUCUUUCGACCUGUGCUCGUAUUUUUAUCAAUAGUGCUUUGGAGUAAUGGCAAUUACCUCCUUGACAAUUUAUCUCCCAAAGAACCCGCGCUAUGGAUUAACAUCUUCAUGGGUGUCCUUACCCUUACUGCUCUGUGGGCAGUUGGAAUCGUGUUUCGAAAAGUUAGGACUCUCCUUACCUGUAAGAACAUUAUCCCAAAGUUUGCCCUUUAUCAGUUUAUUGUUGUUCUGAACCAGCUGCAGACCGUUAUUAUCCGCAUGUUGGCCACACAAAGAAUCAUUCCCUGUGCUCCACCACUCUCCUCUACAGCAAGAGCAUCAUAUAUAGCCCAGCAGCUUCUCAUCAUGGAAAUGUUUCUGAUAACCGUAAUCUCAAGAGUCAUAUAUCGCAGAAAAUACCAUGACCUGGAGCCCCUGGAGUGCACAGCUGAAGAAGCUAGGGACAAGAAGCAGACUUCUAAGAUUAUCCCGAAUGGUGCAGUUGUUGAAGAUGGAUUGCCAAAAUUCUGCAAUAAGCCCUCCUGUUCUGCAGUAGCUGGAAGCUCAGCUCAGGAAUCUGUAUAUUCUUGCACCACAAACAGCCACUGUCCGUGUCAGAACAACUUCUGACACAAAUGUCUGUGAGCUGUAGAACUGCAAGGACCAGUAGUGGAAAGAUAACCCUGUUCAUUCUCCAGAGAUGCAAACAUGGUGUGUUUUCAUACCAUGUAAUUUAGUAAGAUUUUAUACCAUGUACUUUUAUGCUGUUACUUGAAGGUGCCAAACUGUCAAUGUGAUUUUUUUUAUUUUUAUUUUUUAGCUAUUAGAAUGGAUAUGAUUUAGAGUUAAUCCAGAGACAUUCUUGUUCAUCUUUUUUAUCUUUUUAAAAUCUAAUUUUACCCUGCAUUGCUGUCAUAUGUCCAAAGCAGCAUUUUCUCAUCCUUCCUCCAUUACAAUAGAUCAUUUCCCACUCCAUGCCAUGAGCUCACUAUAGUUAAUUCUGAUCAGUAAAUACAGUUGCAUAUGUUUGAUCUGAAAUCCCCAAACCUGUGUGGGCUCUCCAUCUACAGAAAUCAUGAUCUUU